AUGACAGAAAAGAAGAAAGGGGCCUCGAAAGGAAAGGGUAGAGCAACGGCGGUGGCGAAGCAACGGACACUUUUGGAUAUGUUUCCAAAGCCCGUCACGGCGGUGAAAGAGGGUGAAAGUAGUUCCACAGGUUCUGCCUUUACCCCGGUGGAGAGUGGUGGGAUCUUCCCAUUGGAGACCAACCGUCUGGUUGACCAUGGAACAGCACCAGCCAUACCCCUUAUUGAGCUUUCUGACUCUGAAGUCUCGUCAGGAGAUGUACUGCCGGACCCCAUCAUUAUCGAGGACACUCCUCCACCGCCCUCAUCCGCUCCUCCCACAGAAGCAAGCUCGCCACUCUCGCAGGCCGAAGAUUCCUUUGCGCAUGGCUCGAGCCCCUCGGCCCCUAUUGUCAUCGAUUCGUCCCCUGUUAAAUCCCGUUCAACUCCCCCUCCACCGAUGGCCAUUCAUCCAUUUUUCGCUCCAAGGGCUGCUCUCAGACGUCCAGAACCUCCCCCCUCGCCGUCCAAACUGAGGAAAUGGACUGUACCCUAUCCGGACAGACAUGCACAACAUGUCAGAGGUCCUCAAACUGCGUCGCUUCCGUCCAAGAGCUUACAUCCCUCUCGGCCGAGAGUCACCAACCCUGUUUCAGUGGACCCUACUUUCACAUUUCUUCGCAGAUCCAUCUCUCCCGAAUCUAAUUAUACACCAACGAAUGCCUGUCCUUCUUCAAGAGCCGCAACGGUGACGAUCGAAAGCUCACUGGAUUCUAUUCCGAAAGAACACAUCCGCCGUCACCCUUCCAUCUCUCGAGUAAUCGACCUUAUUCAGUUCGACAGCGAUCUUCCACACUCUCCUUGUGAGGCGUGGACGGAGAGGUGGAGACCUCGCACUGCCGACCAUAUUCUUGGGAAUGAAGAGAGUGCUCGAUAUCUUCGUAGAUGGCUUCUUGCACUCAAACUACAAACCGAUGCACCCACGACAUCCUUAUCCAACGAGAGAUCGACGUCGAAGAAGGCUGCCGGCACUCGAACGACUAAAAGGCCUCGAGUUAUUACAGAGAUCGUGCGGGGCCGAGCAAGAAAGCGGGCCAAAGUGGAUUCGGAUGAUGAAGACGAUUGGAUCGUGUAUUCAGAUGAAGAGGACGUGGUGACGGACUACGCAGCUUCUUCCGAUGUUGAAGACGACUUUCUCGCACCGAUAAGUGAACCAGUGUCUUCUCCCGCGAAUCCAACUCCGCCACCUGCCACGACCCAGGAUCUCGGGGAGCUACAUAAUACGAUCCUGUUGGUCGGUCCACCAGGGACUGGGAAGACGGCCAGUGUGUAUGCGUGUGCAGAAGAAUUGGGAUGGGAGGUCUUCGAGGUUUACCCAGGGAUAGGGAAACGUAGUGGCGUCAACAUCGAACACCUCGUGGGCGAGGUGGGCAAGAACCAUCUAGUUCGACAACGGCCUCAUGGUCGCCACGAUUUCUUCACGGUUUUGUCUCCUACCAAGCGGAAAGCCAAUCCCAAGCCACCGUCAGAACAUUCGCAGAGCAACCAUGUUCUUCCCAAUGGAAUCGAUUCCACAAAGGACCCCCAAAUUCCUGAUGACGAAAAUCCGCAAAUGGCGCAGUCACUGAUACUGCUCGAAGAGGUUGACAUCUUGUUCAAGGAAGACAGCAACUUUUGGUCUACGGUUAUCAAGAUCAUCAAGGAAUGCAGACGACCAGUUAUCUGCACAUGUAAUGAUGUAUCGCUGGUGCCUGUGUUAGAUUUGCCGAUCCAGAAAGUGCUUAAUUUCGAACCCUGUCCGCCGGAUGUAGCGGUAUCGUAUCUCCAAAGCAUUGCAUGCGCAGAAGGUCGGCCGGCAACGAGAGAAGGUUUAAUGCGGCUCCUUGAAAUGCGGAAGGCCUCUAUGGAGGACGAACCGGGAACUAGGCAUUGGCUCGUGGCUCAAGCUACCUGUGACCUUCGACACGCUAUUAACCUGUUGCAGGUCACACUGGGAACAGGUCCGCCGCAGUUAGGCUCCGCAACCACACCAUUGGAUGAGACUGGUGUUCCUGGUCCGUCUAAUGAUGAUCACCCAAGACAGGCUCCGGCGGACGAAGAACGCGCCCUCUUGCAUGACAAGGAGAAGAUUUUGGGAUUUUGGAAGGAGGUCGCGCACGAGGCAGAAACGCGAUCGUUUCUCGACAGUCAAAUGGCUCAAGGCUUUACUGGCGUUCCUUCGAUCGACGACAAUUACUUGCCCUCAGAAGAUGAUGAAUUGGGGCACCCUAUUUUGUUCGAGACAUCGACAGACAACUCGCUUCCAACCACCUACACACGCCAUGUGCAAAUUCAGUCUCUUCUCCAGAAAUCACUCCCAUGUCGACUUGGUAUGGGAAAUGCAGAUGCAGAAGCGGCAACGAUGCUGGCGAAGGCCAACAUGUAUAAGAUGCACUUGAGCCAUGUGCUUCAUGAUGUAUGCCCAAUGACAGUCUGGAGUCUGCCCCUGCCGCGUUUGUACGUGGACUAUGCCCCCUACAUCAAGCAGGUUGCGGAAGCAGAUGAUGCGCAGGCGGAAGCGACUAUCCAGCGAGUGCAAGAAAGAGGAGGAAGAAGGACACGAAACAGCGGUAAAUCGGAGUAUGUUCGGAUAUUACAACUGAGCGAUCUAGGGCGAGGUAGUAUCUCGAGGAUAUGUUUCGAGGAUUAA